AUGAGUGAGCAAACAAAUAGGCACUCACUUUCCAUUCGAUCUACAGACUCAGAAAGCACUGAAGAAAAGAACUCAGCAACACUUACUACUAUUGCAGCAACUGAAAUUCCGGAAAAAACAAAUACGAUUUCUGCCGACGAUGUUGACCUUUACCCUAAAGGGUGUCACGAGGUUGGAGGAAAAGGAUUGCAGUUUGAGGAUCGUUUUGUUGUAAACUUUUACAAUACGACAAAUAAUUCCAAUGUUGAAAUGCGCGUAAAUCCCGAAACUGCAAAUACAAACAUACCUAAAAAUACCAGAAAUGUUUAUUAUAGAAACAACUCAAACACCAUUAGUACAAGUUCCAGCGAACGUUUUUUUAAUCGAAUAAGACCUUCUCCACAAACAUUAUCCACCAUAAUUAUCCCUAUAAUUAUAUUUAUAUUGGGUAUUAUUAUGGGUUUAGCCGUAUUUUUCGUGAUACUAGGCCAAGAACGUAGACG